AUGGCGGCAGCAAGAUCAGAGGCUUUGACGUCUGGUGCUGUAACUCCCAUGGAGAUGGCUCCGGGAGGAAAUACAGCAAUGCCAGGGACGCAUGAGGGCUCUGGAUCUGAAGCUGGAGAACCCGGGAACCAAGAGGAUCAGACCAAAUCUCCAGUGGCUGAAGGCAAAGACAACGAGGAAAGAGGAAGAUCAAGGUCGCCACGACCUAGAUUUGAUGUGAGAGAUCCGGAUGCUGGGAAUCCUGUUGAAGUACUUGCGGCAUGCUCCUCCUUGGGAGUUGGGAUUGUCAGCAUGGUUGGUGCUUUGAAGUCCAAUGGAGAGAAGAUGGACAGUCAGUCUCAUUGGACAAAACCAGGCGCACUGACUGGUGAGAUCCAGAAAAUCCGAAAACACAUCGAGUGGAGCCUGAAUAGGACACUCUCAGAUAUGCAAAAGGAGAGUCUUGCAAAGAGCAGUGAAGAUUCUGGAAGAAUUGCGUCUGCUUUGGAGGGACUAUACGAAGGCAUGGACAAGUUCCAAGAGAAGAACCUUCGGGAGAUGGCGCGCAAGAUGGAGGCAGUGCGUCAGGUUCCAAUCACAGAGAAGGGUCCUCGGGAGCUUGAGUUCGGGCCAGCUAUCCCACCCACAGGAUUCAGCGGCACACCCAAUACACCCAAUAUGGGUGGUGCGGCGAGCGGUCUGCUUCAACCGCCUUUGGCGCCGCCUCAACCUCCGCCGGCUAUGCCAGCAGCAACUUUUGUUGGCUGCCGGCACGGGCCGGAGAAGCCCCUAUGCUGCACCCGGUCAACAUGGAAGUACCCUUUAUGA